GAAAGAGUAAUUAUGGUGAGAUUUGACUUGCCGUAAUUCUUUACUAUUUGAAUAAUAAAUAAAUAAAUAAUGGAUCUACAAAAUCUUGACCGGCAAGUUGUGUCGCUGGUGUUAAGAGAGUCGUCGGUGACGGAAAGAAAAUUCAAAGAGGGCUUUUCUAAAUUAAUAUUAAUUAAUUAAUGAGAUAAAGAAUUGGAUUCCUUCUUCCUUUAAAGGAAAAACAAAAAGAAUCCUUUUUAACUUUCUUUCUCUCUUAUUUUUUCCCAAUUCUUUAUCAUAUCUCUCUUUCUUGCUUCAGCUGCUUCAUCCAAAUUCAGCUGCCACAUCUCAGUACAUAUUUGGCGUGGUGAAAGUUGCUGGGGCUCCUAUUACCAGAGGGCUUUUUACUGGACAGCUUUAGGGGACUUAUUUGUGAGGCUUUAGUUUUGUUCUACCUCAUGUGUAUGAAGGAAUUGACGAAGAGCAAAAAAUCAAGUCCUGCUCGCAGAGACUAAAUGGCCAUUGUGGUUGAUGAUGUAUAGAUGGAGAGAAUACUUCUUGAACGGGCGAUACAGAUACACCAAUUUUUUGCUGGGGAUUGAUACUAGGUUGUGCGAUGCUGAACAUCAAACUCUCUCACAAUCCGCUUAUACAAUAUAGGCCAAUCCGAACCUCUGAUUUAGAAGUACUUGAGAAACUCCAUGGGGAUCUGUUCCCGAUCAGAUAUGAGUCUGAGUUCUUCCAAAAUGUUGUUAAUGGACGGGACAUUGUGUCAUGGGGAGCUGUUGAUCGUAAUCGACCCAAUGGGCAAAGUGACGAACUUAUUGGAUUUGUGACUGCUCGGACUGUUUUAGCGAAAGCCAGUGAUAUAGAAGAAUAUCUGAGAUAUGACUCAUCGAGAUCAGAGCAAACACUGAUUUACAUCUUGACUCUGGGGGUUGCAGACUCUUAUAGAAAUCUUGGAAUAGCCGGUUGUCUAAUUCGCGAGGUCAUAAAAUAUGCCUUGAACAUACCGACUUGUCGAGCAGUUUACCUACAUGUGAUCUCAUAUAAUAACCCUGCCAUUUACUUGUACAAGAAAAUGUCCUUUCAAUGUUUGAGGAGGCUGUGUGACUUUUAUUUUAUCAAUGGUCAGCAUUAUGAUGCGUACUUGUUCAUCUACUAUGUGAAUGGUGGUCGCUCUCCUUGCUCACCCUUAGAACUCAUUAAGCUUUUAGUUACUGGUGCAAAAAGUGGCUUCAAUACGGUAGCUGCCAAGCUUUGGAAGAAAGAAGACAGAAAGCCUUCCAAGUGGUCCAAAUGCAAGGAGUCUGGCUCCCUUCUUCCAACAAAACAUAGCAAGAGGAUGUCGAACGAGGAUGCUCUGACUCAGUUCGUUUAAUCCUCUACUAGCUUCUGUAUUUCAGUUGAUACUGGAGAUGGACCCUAAAGUCAGAAGGAAAUGUAGUCUUCUAUCUGUUGGUCUUUAUUUAACAUUGUAUUUUACCUUGUCGAUAUGUAAAUUCUUGUGAAAAGUCACUCAGGAAAUUUAAUAGUAUGUGUCGAGAAUUGAGCUGAGUACAUUGUCUUGUUGCCCUUACUAGGAGUCAUAGAACUAUUGUAGUUUCUUGUUCUUUGAUCUAUGUUAAUAUCUAUUGUUUUGUGUAGUUAGAUUGUAGUAGUGUUAUUUUGUUGUAGUAAUGUGUGCUACUAUCUUUUAUAUUUUUGUUAUUUGUAUUUCCAUCACUA